AUGUCACCAGCUUUCGACUCGCGGCCGCCGACACGAAAAGGUUCCGAUCAUCAUGGCACGGUACCGCGCGUGAUUGACGGCUACCUGCUCGAUUCAAAGAGAAUUGACGAUUGCUUCACCAUUUACUUCACCCAAUACCAUCCGCUCUUUCCUAUCUUGGACCCUUCAAUAGGGCCGAAUGACUAUUAUGACCAAUCGCCGUUCUUGUUUUGGACUAUCGUGGUCACGGGAUCGCGGCGGUACUCUGAACAUGAAGUCCUAGAGAGGACGAGCCAACCCAUCACCCAGCUCGCAUUCUCUUCAAUGGCGCUACGCACCUCACAAGUUCCGAUCAUCCAAGGUCUACUAAUUCUGUGCACAUGGCGACUACCCACCAACUCAAUGUACAAAGAUACGACACACCUCAUGUGUGGAUCGGCAGUGCAUCUAGCGACACAGAUUGGUCUGCACAUAGCAGGUGUUGGCCAGGAUUUUGCUAGGACGCCGCUUGAGAAGGACCAGUCACUCAAGGUGCAACGCGCCAGGCUCUGGCUGUGUUGCGUCAUCGUUUCCAUAAGAACGAGCUGUGUUGAAGGUAUACCACCUCUUGCUGAGUCAUUCUUCGAUGGCGAUGAACAAGACCGUGAAGACAUGGUUCCAUACCUCCCGUCUGACCUGCAGUUCCUGCAUAAAGUCUACAUCAUCCUCAUGCGUGCCAUGGUUGCCAUGGGCAAGACCAACUUACAAUCCAUUCAUUGUGAUGUCCGUGUAUUACGAUCAUUGAUUGGCAUAUUCGACUCGCAACUCCUCAGCUUGGCCCCAUCCUCUCCAAGUGAACUCGACUCGUUCGAAGUCCGCUUGCUCAACAUCUAG